UAUAAUAAUAAUAUUUCAUCAAAUUUCUAUAAUAACUAAUAAAACCCGUACUAAACCUUAUUAUUUAAUUGUAUAGUAGACCAUAAAAAUGAGAAAAAGAUGAUGAACCUCCAAGAAAAUAAAAUCCAACAGUUUUUUUUAAAGGUGCUUGACAAUCUUUUAAUAAAUCAUCCAAAUCUUCAGCUUGAAAAAUUCCAACAUCAAUUUCUAAUUGUUUUAAAGUUAAAGGAAGAUUUUCUUUUAAAGAUUUUAAAGGAUUUGUACAACAAUGAAUUGCAAGAUAUUCUAAUGGUAAAAAUUUAAUUGAGGAUAAAAUUGAAGUA